AUGGAAUCUCCCACUCACGGCCUUUCAAUAAAUAUCUACGGCCGCGGCGACGCCAAACUAGGCGACGGCCCCUCCCACAUGGGAGUCGCCAUUUACAAGCACGGCUCCUCAACUUGCGAAAUGCACCAUAUCCGCAACCCCACAGACGAAGACUUCAUCUAUGAUCCACGGACACAGCCGCUCGAAGACCCUGUUCUUAAAGGUCGCUGCGAGCUCUCUUCUCUUUCUUCUGAGCAGUCGCAACAAGCUGCUAGCCUGAUCUCUGCGUUUGGGAAUGAUGAAUCUAACAUCCCCGAGUUUGGGGUCGGAAAUUGCCAGGACUGGGUUGCUGGUGCUGUUGGAAUGCUUGAGCAUGCUGGUGUUGUUUCUCCUGGAGAAGGGGAAUUCUGGAAGAGUAUGAUCAACAAAAGUUCAGAGGAAAUGAAAAAUGAGUGUCUCCAGGGAAAGAAGAAAUGGAUAGAUGGUCCGGAGACGACGUAUGAAGGGCAGCCUGAUGCAAAGUUUGCGGAUAGAGAACGGGGUACAGUGAAGCCUGUUGGAAAGUUGGCUCAGAAUGAAGUGUUUCGGGCUCGAAUGCAGUCGCUACUGGGCCCUAAGGCGGGUGGAGAGACUGACCAUGAUGAGAGGCCUGUGGAACGGCCGUUUUAUGUGUCGAGUCCUUUCUUUAGUAAGAUGAAUGAUGAAUGA